AUGCCUGUAGACAUGAAACUUGAGAGUGGGGACAGCGUGAACUCGCCGAGUGAGGAAAAUGCUGUCAAAGCCCAGGCGCGUCCAUCAGAAUUACCGGAAGACGUUCCUCCAGAUCCCGAAUCGGAUGAGGAUGUGCCUGUUCAGGCCGAGGAGCUCCAGGAGGCUCUAUCGAGGCCCCCUCCUGUUAACAGUAGUUAUCUGCCUCUCCCCUGGAAGGGCAGAUUGGGAUAUGCAUGCCUAAAUACAUAUUUACGAUACUCAAACCCUCCUGUCUUCUGCUCCCGCACUUGUCGCAUCGCCUCUAUUUUAGAAAAUCGCCACCCGCUUUUAGACCCCUCUCAGCCUGCCCAUCCGACGAAGAACCGCCCGGACCGGAGCCAGACACCUGAUAUCGCACGGGGCCAAGCAUUCGUUGAAGCACUGGGACUCGCCAAUGCCCGGGAUCUUGUAAAGAUCCUGCGCUGGAAUGACCGCUAUGGAAUCAAGUUCAUGCGACUGAGUAGCGAGAUGUUUCCAUUUGCCAGCCACAAGGAGUUUGGAUACAGAUUAGCUCCUUUUGCGUCCGAAGUUCUCGCAGAAGCCGGACGGGUUAUUGCCGAGCUUGGUCAUAGGGUGAGCGUGCAUCCCGGCCAAUUCACUCAGCUAGGGUCUCCUAGAAACGAGGUCGUGGAGAGUUCGAUACGAGAUCUCGAGUAUCACUCUGAAAUGCUGCAGCUGCUUCAGCUGCCUCCCCAACAAGAUAGGGAUGCGGUCAUGAUUCUCCACAUGGGUGGUGUGUUUGGUGAUAAAGAAGCCACUUUGAACCGGUUCCGGGAGAAUUACCAACCCCUCUCGCAAGAUAUCAAGAAUCGACUCGUUUUAGAAAAUGAUGAUGUUAGCUGGUCUGUACAUGAUCUGUUGCCUAUAUGCGAAGAGUUGAAUAUACCGCUCGUGCUAGACUUCCACCACCACAACAUCAUUUUCGACUCGAGCCAAGUGCGUGAAGGGACUGAGGACAUUAUAGGGCUCUUUGAUAGAAUUAAGGCUACUUGGACUAGGAAGGGAAUCACCCAGAAGAUGCACUAUUCGGAACCGACACCUUCUGCCAUCACGAAUCGUCAGCGGCGGAAGCAUAGCGAUCGCGUGUCCACCUUGCCCCCAUGCGACCCCACGAUGGAUUUGAUGAUUGAGGCAAAAGAUAAAGAACAGGCUGUGUUUGAACUGAUGAGAACCUUCAAGCUUCCCGGUCACGAUUUGUUCAAUGACAUGAUUCCACAUGUUCGAACUGACGAGAACAAACCGUUCAAGCCGCCGCGAAAGUCUACCAAAAAGAACGGGGGGUUUGUUGACCUCGAGGGACAUGUUCCUCCUGCACCAACUAUCCCUGAGGAAGUGGUUGGCAUGGGAGGUCCGGAGAGAAGGGUUUAUUGGCCGCCUACAAUGGAGGAAUGGCUUCGGCCUAAAAAACUCAUCCGUACUAAAACCGUCCAGAGCCCCCGACGAUCUCGGCAGACGAAGAAGGUCGAUGGUGGCGUAGAGGGAUCGUUGGAGCAAGAUGGUGAAGUGGCCAGUACUGUCUUGACUACACCUGCCUCGACGCCCGCGUCCAAACCCUCUCAGCGUACCUCUAGCGCAAAGAAGGUAGCUAGUAGAAAACGCAAAGCUUCUACGCCAGCUAGCACGUCGACUUCUGCUUCAGAUAAUGAUGCUUUGCCGGAUCCUCCCAAGCUCACGCGAACUAGGAGCACUGGGCUCCGUCGAAGCCGUCGAGUGAAGCCAGUCAGUUACGCUGAAGACGGCGAAUCUCUGUGA